AUGGGCCUGCCAGACAUGGGAACUAGAAACCAGGAGUGGCAGCCAAGAAUCAGGCUCCUGCAGAGCAAAAGUGUUCCCAUUUGCAUCAGAAACCAGACAAAAAAGGCCAUUCUCAUAAUUCAUUCAACCAAAGAGACAGAUUACUAUGAUACCAUUCCAAGCAAUGAGGCUAAUGAGAACCAGCCCCAUUUUCAAGGUGUGACUGGUCUGCGAAACUUGGGCAACACAUGCUACAUGAACGCCAUCUUGCAGUGUCUCUGCAGCAUCUCACCGCUGGUGGAAUAUUUUCUCUCUGGAAAAUACAUUACUGCUCUUCAAAAGGAUUGUGGUGAGGUUGCCACUGCUUUUGCCUACGUGAUGACAGACGUGUGGUUUGGAGACUCAGACCGUGUCUCACCAGAAAUAUUUCGGUCAGCUCUUGGCAACCUCUACCCAGCAUUUAUGAAAAAGACACAAGAUGCUCAGGAAUUCUUGAUUUAUGUCCUUGAACUUCACGAAGCUCUGGAAAAGUACCACCAAAGAAGAUCGCACGAGAAAAGGUCUACUCAAAGAUGCUGCAGGAAAGUGAUCACCAAUGAGUCGUCCAUCAUCAUCCGGCUAUUUGAAAGACAGCUCAAUCAUGAGAUCAUAUGUUUGAAGUGUGAAAACUGCACCUAUAAGAAUGAAGUCUUCACUGUUCUCUCCCUCCUCAUUCCAUCAGGAUGUGAAUGCUCUCUUCAGGACUGUCUCCAAUGUUUUUUUCAACAAGACACAUUGACCUGGAAUAACCAAAUUCAUUGCUCCUUUUGCGAAACCAAGCAAGAAACAGCUGUGAGGGCCAGUAUUUCCAAAGCACCAAAAAUAGUAAUUUUUCACUUAAAAAGGUUUGACAUUCAAGGUACAAUGAAAAGGAAACUGAGAACAGAUAUUCAUUAUCCGCUCACCAACUUGGACCUUACUCCUUGUAUUUGUCCAAUUUUCCGGAAACAUCCUAAAUACAACCUCUGUGCAGUGGUGAACCACUUUGGUGAUCUGGAUGGUGGCCACUACACUGCUUUCUGCAAGAACUCAGUUACGCAGGCCUGGUAUAGCUUUGAUGACACACAAGUCAGCGAGAUUCCAGAUACUUCAGUUCAAACUGCGACAGCCUACCUCUUGGUCUAUAGCUGCCAGCCCUUUUCUAUCCCUAUACAAAAACACAAGAGCUAG